AGUGACAAUGUGCCAGGACAAAGAGAAAAGAGAGCACAAUGCAGUAAUAGUAAACUGAACACCCAAACAAAAAAAAGUUUAAGAAGAGGUGGUGUAAAACGGUGAACAGGGAGAGACUCAGCCCAGGGGAGGAGCAGCUGUUUCUGGCUGCAGAAGCUCUAUAUCCAAUCUAGUAUUGCAUGGGUUGGCACAGACAUUGCACUGAGCAGUGACAGGCAAGAAGCUCUACUAUAUUUCCCGUACAUGCGAGAAUACUAUUCCGUUUUACAAUAGAUUGUGUUCACACCAAGACCAAGAUUUCUGUCAGCAUAAUAUGACAACAGGUCAUGGAGUACCCUGUGCAGAGAAAGAACAGAAGGGUUUCUGUAUGAAUGGAGGCAUAUGUUAUAGCAUAGGACCUAACCAACUGUGCAAAUGUAUUAACAAUUACACAGGGGAACGCUGUGAAGGUAUCCUUUUGGCUAGUGUGGAAAGAGAGCCCCAGAGUGACUUUUCCAUAAAUUUUCUGGUGUUAGGUUUUUUUUUGGGCUUCCUAUUUUUAGGUUUCAUCUAUUUCUGUUGCAGAAGAAAAUUAAAGAAUCGAAGUGAAGAAGAUCCAUAAGUAUAUCAAUAAUGGCAAGAUCUAGAUAACCCAAGG